UUUAAGGUAAUUGAAAGAUAUAAAAAUGGUCAUUACAACCAAUAGAACUCAUCACAUGCUGUCAUGUGCAGUUUGCAGACACUCUCCUUCAUUGUUUCCCUCUAACAAGCUUGAUAAAGGUUCUUCCUUUCAAAACCGUAGCAAUCUUUACUCUCUCACCCACUCCCGUAUUUGAUAUCUCACGUUCUUCAUUCCUUAUUCUUCAAUCUCUCGAUUGUCAAUUUCUGCUGCGUGGUGUAUUGGGUGGUGGCGGCAGGGGUUCCGAUGAGGAUGAUUAGUUGAUGUGGAGCGGGAUUAUGGGUUGCCAUGUUUUGGCGGAUUUAUGAUCGAAUUUUGAAUGAUGGGUAGCAGUCGGAUCUUGAUUUUGUGAUAAAGAGUGGAGAGGGUCUCCGAAUGAUGCGGAGGCGGCCGGCAGAUUUCCGGCGUCAGGUUCGAAGGAGGUUUUCGCAUUGGAUCUGGGUUCUUCUAGGUCUAUUCUUGAUUGCGGGCUUGUUCUUGUUUGUAGUUCAACAUAAUCAUCAUGAGGAUCCAAUUGAUCAGCACGUCCCGGAGAAAUAUGUAAACAGGGCCCAGCCAGUCCAUCAGCAUUUGAAUUUCACUGAAGAAGUAUCAAGUGCUACCUCAUUUUCACGGCAAUUGGCAGAGCAAAUGACACUUGCCAAGGCUUAUGUUAUUAUUUCCAAGGAGCACAAUAAUCUUCAUCUUGCAUGGCAGCUGAGCUCAAAGAUAAGAAGUUGCCAGCUUUUGCUUUCAAAAGCAGCCAUGAGAAGGGAGCCCAUCAGCCUGGAAGAAGCAGAGCCGAUAAUUAGGAGCCUAUCAUCUCUAAUACUCAAGGCACAGGAUGCCCAUUUUGACAUUGCAACGACAAUAAUGACAAUGAAAUCUCAUAUUCAAGCCCUUGAAGAGCGUGCAAAUGCAGCAACAGUUCAGAGCACAUUGUUUGGACAAUUGGCGUCAGAAGCUCUACCCAAGAGCCUCCAUUGCCUAAACGUCAAGCUCACCACCGAUUGGCUUAGAAGUCUUCCCCUUCAAGUACUUGCGGAUGAGAAAAGGAACUCUCCCAGACUCGUAGAUAACAAUCUCUACCACUUCUGCAUAUUCUCAGAAAAUGUGUUGGCUGCCUCUGUAGUUGUCAACUCCACUAUCUCUAAUACUGACCAUCCAAAACAGCUAGUUUUUCACAUUGUGACAAAUGGCGUCAGCUACGGUGCUAUGCAAGCUUGGUUCCUUAGUAAUGACUUCAAAGGGUCCACUAUAGACGUGCAGAAUAUAGAAGAAUUCACCUGGUUGAAUGCUUCUUAUGCUCCCAUUGUGAAACAGCUCCUUGAUCCAGAUUCAAGGGCUUACUAUUUUGGUGGUAACGAUUAUAUGGGUGUUGAGCCGAAGCUGCGAAACCCUAAGUACUUGUCUUUGUUGAACCACAUCCGCUUCUACAUUCCUGAGAUCUAUCCACAGCUGGAGAAGGUGGUAUUUCUUGAUGAUGAUGUUGUUGUUCAGAAGGAUUUAACCCCACUAUUUUCUUUGGAUUUGCAUGGAAAUGUGAAUGGAGCGGUGGAAACUUGUCUUGAAGCAUUUCAUCGUUAUUACAAGUAUCUCAAUUUCUCAAACCCAAUCAUCAGCUCAAAGUUUGAUCCGCAGGCAUGCGGAUGGGCAUUUGGCAUGAACGUUUUUGAUUUGAUUGCUUGGAGAACGGCCAACGUAACUACACGAUAUCAUCACUGGCAGGAACAGAAUGCUGACAGAACACUGUGGAAGCUAGGUACGCUUCCCCCUGGUCUUUUAGCCUUCUAUGGACUUACAGAGCCGCUAGAUAGAAGAUGGCAUGUCUUAGGAUUGGGCUAUGACACGAACAUUGAUAACCGUCUGAUCGAGAGUGCAGCAGUAAUUCAUUUCAACGGGAACAUGAAGCCAUGGCUAAAACUGGCCAUUGGCAGAUACAAGCCUCUAUGGGAAAGGUACAUAAAUCAGAGCCACCCAUAUCACCAAUAUUGCAUUAUAAGUUGAAAUCUGCUACUUCUUGAUUACCAGUAGGUUAUGCGAUCUUCGACUUUUUAUUACCUCUGCUGGUGAUGGUCACAUUCGAUGUCAGAAGUAGAAAAUUUUGGCUUUUGAGGAGCUUUUCUUUUUCAUUUUUCAUCAUCAAAGUGCCUAAAAAGAAAAGGAAACAACUUUUAUACAAUAGGGAAUUCUAUAUAUGUUGUAGCCUCUAGGUGAAUUGUGGGGAUUCAUUUUUGGGUGAUGAGGGUUUUCUCUUUCCCUUUUCUGCAAAAGCUGUAGAAUUAUCUGUUCUUUUACAACUUCUUGUUAUAAUUUUUUAAGCUCUUUAACUUAUAGCAAUGGAAACCCGACAUUUCUUAUUACUAU